AUGGCCCGCUCUAGUAGUGAAGAACGAAAUAUCUUACGCCCUCGACCGAGGAAACCGUUGCCAGAGGCCUUACGAGCUUCGGGCAAUGGGUUGACUGCGAACGGAUACGUUGAUGUCCCGUCAGGCAUAUCGAGUGGUCGCUCGACGCCGGUUCCUCACGAUGCGCCGCCUUCGGUGCAAUCUCUUUCCACGGCACGAAAGGCCGCGCGAGCGCAAGCAAAGCACAGGCUGUUCCACACCAUCAACUACGUUCCGCGCGUCUCUCACUUCGAUCCUCAGAGCGAGUACCGUGACUUCCGAGGAUUCUUCGUGCUGUUCUGGAUCAGCUUGACUAUUAUGGUCAUCACCACGGGGUUGCGCAAUCUGAAAGAGACAGGCCAUCCACUGAGGAUUGAGGUCUAUGAGCUGUUAUCCAGAAAUGUCAUCUCUUUAGGGUUGAGCGAUGCCGCAAUGGUGUGCAGCUCUGCUUUGAGCCUACCACUCCAAAAGCUGGCUCGGGGGACGAACGGCAUAUUGCGAUGGCGAAGAGCUGGAAUCUGGAUCCAGAGCAUAUAUCAAGCGUUGUGGCUGACGCUGUGGGUGAGCUGGCCGUUCUUGCUGGAUUGGACGUGGACGGCGCAGGUCUUCUUUGCUCUCCACACCCUGACCUUCCUCAUGAAGAUGCACUCGUAUGCAUUCUACAACGGUCAUCUGGCCGAGACUGAGAGACGGCUGCAAGAUCUCGACAGGCCCGAUACUGCGGACCGUGGCAAAGCUGUGAAAUACCCAGGCUCUCCGUCACGUUUGCGGCAAUUGGAUCCGGACAGCUCGCCAGAGGAGAAGGAGGCCGAGGAAGAGUUGUCUCAGCUUCGGCAAGACCUGGCCAAAGAGCUCACGUCUCCCCUUGGCUCAGUCACAUAUCCGCAGAACCUCACCUGGUACAACUACGCCGACUACGUUCUAUGUCCGACGCUUUGCUACGAACUCGAGUACCCCAGGACUGAGAAGAUCAGAUGGGACGAGCUCUUUUACAAGACCCUUGCCGUCUUUGGUUGUAUCUUUCUGAUGAUCACAAUCAGUGAAGAGUUCAUCACGCCUGUUCUGGCCGAAUCAGCAGCUCGCCUGAAGCUUGUGCAGACAAUCCCGGACAAAGCGCUGAUACUGGCCGAGACCACCAGCAUGAUGCUGUUCCCGUUCAUGAUCACCUUCUUGCUGGUCUUCUUGGUCAUCUGGGAGUAUAUCCUGGGUGCUUUCGCAGAGAUCACCUGCUUCGCCGACCGACACUUCUACUCCGAUUGGUGGAAUUCAAGUGACUGGCUCGAGUUCAGCCGGGAAUGGAACAUGCCUGUGUACCACUUCCUUCGACGACACGUGUUCUUCUCCUCCAAGACAUACUUUUCAACACCAGUUGCUAUGACAAUCACCUUUCUGGUGAGUUCGCUGGGUCAUGAGCUUAUUAUGGGCUGUAUCACGAAGAAACUGCGUGGGUACGGCUUCUUCGCAAUGAUGCUACAGCUGCCGAUAGUGGCGUUGCAGCGGAGCAAGCUGGUUCGGGGUCGAUGGGUGCUCAACAAUGCAGCGUUCUGGAGCAGCAUGAUCUUGGGACUGAGCAUGAUGUGCAGCUUGUACGUUCUCGUUUAG